AAAUACUGUGAGUUUCCGGCGAUCAACGCGUUCGGGUUGUUGUGCAUUCAGUUUUAUUCCACAAUGUCAAAAUUGUUUCAAAUUUGCCUUCUAUCGCUGGCACUUGUUGUGCAGUGUGUACUUUCCGAGGAACCAGUGGAAGGACUAAAUAACCAUAUUCGCGACCAGCUACAGAAGUACGAGAAAUUCGUUGCCGCUGACGAUGGUUCCCAUAAGGAAGAUCUUCAGAAACUGAUCGGAAUCUAUGAAUCUGCCUUGAAGACCGAGAACUUCGAUGAAAAACAAAAGCUGAUUCAGGAAGUUCCCCAGCAAUUCUCUCCUGAGUUUGGCACCUUUGUUCAAUCCAAAUUGCAGAAUGCUCAACUCACUGAUGAUAUUAACGCUGCCAUCAGCUUUUACAAGAACCUGAAGGGUGAUGAGCACAAGGCUGACGCUGACAAGGCCGUUGCUGAACUUGAGGGUUUCCUUCAACUGACCGAUUUCGAGGCUAAGAAAAAUGGUUUCUUGAACAUCGAAAAGACUUUCAGUCCCGAAUUUGUCAGCUUCCUGAAAAAGGACUCUCUACCAAAGAUUAACCACGAUCUGAAGAGUGCUGUUGAGUUCUUCACCAAGGUCCUUGCCGAUCCUGAGGUUCAGUUCGGUAGCGAAAUCAAGGCUCUGAAGGCCCAAGCCGAAGCCGCCAUUCCCGAUGAAGUGUCCAUUGAAGAUAAGCAGAAGGCUCUCUAUGAGAUCACAAAUCCCGGAAAUCCUCCAUUGACUGAAUUCUUGCAAAAGAAAUUUACUGAAACUAAUUAAAUCUCUCUUUUUCGUAUCAUAAUCAACAUCAACGAUUAUUCGCUUCAAUAAUUGUAAUAAACAAAACAUUUAAAA